UGGAUGUUGGCGAUAACCUCGCUGACAGGACGGCUGAGCUGACCGGCGCGCGCUCCUCUCCUCAGCUGUCGGUGAAACGCGUUAAAUCACAGACACAGGUCGGUGUCUAAAAGCCGGCUCUCCCGGGAGCCUGCAGCGAAGUCGCUACGGCGGCGGAGACUGAAAAACUUUCGAUCCAGCCCAACAAGGUUUUGUGGUGCAAUGAUGACAAAAGUCGGAGAAGUUCUCCUGCUGUUGUUGCUGCCAGCCUUUGUACCGCACACAGACGGAACACAUUAUAGCUUACCUGGCAAGCCCACAGAUAUCAAAUGCCGUUCUCCAGAGAAAGAGACCUUCACAUGCUGGUGGAAGCCGGGAUCUGAUGGGGGACUGCCUACUACAUACGCUCUCUACUAUCGAAAAGAAGGUUCUGACGUAGUGCACGAGUGCCCUGACUACCACACAGCCGGGAAGAACUCCUGCUUCUUUAACAAGAACGACACCCUUAUCUGGGUCAGCUACAACAUCACCGUGGUGGCCACCAACGCACUGGGCAAGACCUACUCUGACCCUCUGGAUGUAGACGUGGUCUACAUUGUCAAGCCCCAUCCUCCAGAAAAGCUAGAAGUGACAGUAAUGAAGGAUCAGGGCUGGCCCUUUCUUCGAGUGUCUUGGGAACCACCUCGUAAGGCUGACACUCGCUCUGGCUGGAUCACUCUAAUCUAUGAGCUCCGCGUCAAGUUGGAGGAUGAGGAAAGCGAAUGGGAGAAUCACGCUGCAGGCCAGCAGAAGAUGUUUAACAUUUUCAGCCUGCGGUCAGGUGGUACAUACCUUAUUCAGGUGCGCUGUAAGCCCGAUCACGGCUUUUGGAGUGAAUGGAGUUCCACUUCCUACGUCAAAGUUCCCGAGUAUCUCCAUCGGGGAAAGUCUGUCUGGAUCCUCGUUUUAGUCUUUUCUGCCUUCAUUUUACUGCUCCUCACAUGGCUGAUACAAAUGAAUAGCCACAGUCUGAAGCACUGCAUGCUGCCACCAGUCCCAGGUCCUAAAAUCAAAGGCUUUGACAAGCAGCUUCUCAAGAGUGGCAAGUCUGACGAGGUGUUCAGCGCACUGGUGGUGUCUGACUUCCCACCAACCACGUCUAACUAUGAGGACUUGCUGGUAGAAUACUUAGAAGUGUAUAUGCCAGAACAGCAGGAACUGAUGGUCGACAAAGGCAAGGAUCAUGACGGCUGCCUGAAAUCCAUAGGCUCGGCAUCCGACAGUGACUCUGGCCGGGGCAGCUGUGACAGUGACAAUCUGCUGAUGGAUAAGAGUGGCGCGCCGAAAGAGGAACAGCAGCAACAAAAUCAGGAGGGAGAUCAAAUUGGGAAGGAGACACAAGGGCCCAAAGAAGCCUGGGAGAAGGAAGCGAUGCCAUGUGCUAAUGAGGAUGUAGUUAGCCCCGAUGCAUCAAGUGAGAAGGUUAAGACCUGGCCUUCUGUGUUUUCCCCAGUGACUCCGUACAGCCCACUGGAUCCCCACAACUCACUUGAGAUGCACAAACAGCAUUGCCUUUCUAACACCCAGUUUCCUCCGGGCUCCCCAUCCUCAGACCACUACAUCAAAGAGGCUCUCCAAUCAAGCUACUGGGAGGUCUGCUUUAAUAAUAAUCAACCUUAUCCCCAGACAGAGGUCCACCCGCAACUCCAGGCUCACAGCGAUCGCAACAUCUCAGCCGUCAACGACAGGAAUGCACCCACUGGUCUGCUGUUGCCCACCCAGAUGACUGAGUACGUUGAAGUGCAAAGGGUCAAUGAGGAGAAUAAAGUGCUUCUCCAUCCUAUUCCUUCAGGCCAUAGCCGUGAAAAAGCCUGUCCCUGGGUAGGACAGAGAGACGAUUAUAGCAAAGUGAAAGGGGUAGACAGUGACAAUGGGCUGCUGCUCCAGAGAGAGGUGGUGGAAGAAGAGAGCAUGGAGAUGGCUGGAGCAGCCGAGAGCUGCUACACAUCUUCCAUCGCUUUUACCACUCCUAAGCAAACAGCCUGCAGUCCCGUUGCCCUGCCGGUCCAGGAUGAAAGGGUUCUGGCAGUAAGUGGAUAUGUCGACACUGCCACUGUAUUCUCCCUGCACACCUAGUAGACGUGACAGCCCAAACUGGCAGUUGUAGAACGUUGCAAGAGGUGGGGACUGAGACACACGAAAAAGCACUAACACUCCUUAAAAAAAAAAAAAAAAUUGCCAAGACAAUGUAUAUUUAUUUUUUUAUCUUCUUCUCCUGUAAGAGACA